AUGAAAGGAUUGUUUUUGCUCAUAAAUAUAUAUUUCGCAAUAGGAUUAUUGAUUUGUAAAGACUAAUUAGGUUUAACUUUGCAACUCGAUAAAUCCAUCACAAUACCAAACUACAAUUGCACACUGAAUGUUAGCAAUGAUAAACUAAUCAAUAUGACAUCCUUGGGUGGAUAACUAAAAAUUACAGGAACUGAAUUGCUUUUGAAUCAGAACAUCCUUUUACAAGGAUUCCAACUAGUCGAAUUUCAGAAUAUAACAAUUAACACACAAACCAAAAUGCUGUCAAUAUCAACAUAAGUCCAUCUGAACAAUGUUACUCUUACAAGUAAUUGCUAAAUCAAUGCAACCAAAAUAUUCAUUCGAUAAACUAUCAUGACCAAGAUGAUAUUCUAGUACAACCCAGUCUUUGCUUCACCAGUAGAUGCAGAUGGACUGAUUAUAUCUAACUCUACUUUUUUUAGAAGUUCUCUUGUCCAAUAACUGAGUAGAUUACGCAAUAUUAUCUUCGAUUAAGUCAGUUUUAUCAACUCAACUUUGGCCACAGUUGCUUUACUCAGAAGUAUCACAUUUAAUAACUCCUUUGUAAUUUAAAGUAUUUUGAUUGUUACAGACAUUUCAUAAGAAAUUACAAUUCAAAAUUCAUACUUUACUCUUUCUACAGCUUUACAAGUCAGUGGAGCACUAUACACAAACAUUAUUAAUGUAACAUUCUCCUAAAGUCAUUUGAUGAUGAUGCAAAGCAACAAUUAAAUAUAAAUAGUUGGAAACCUAUUUCAUUCUAUAAUAUCAGACUCAAAACUAAUUGUGGCUGAAAGUAAAUAUAUUUAAAUGCUAAAUACUUCUAUGAUUAAUGUUCAAUCAGAGGUACUGUUAGAUUUUAAUUCAUAAAAUAUCCUCCUCAAAAAGUUUGCUUUGUAGGGGGUUAAAGGAAGUUUGAUGAUAAAUAAAUAUUCUUCCAGUAAUGUCAUGAUAACUCAAUUCACAAUCGAAUCUUGUCAGUCAGUUGACCCCUUUUUCUCUGCCAAUGGCACUCUAUAAAUUUAUAAAGGACAUUUUGAUUCUACUUUAGGGUCAAUAUUCAACAAAAGUUCAAUUAAAGAGCUUUUAAUUGAUUAGGUAAAUUUCACUAGGAUAUUUAAUUCAACUUUAAUUAAUGUCAAAUAAUCCUCGUUAGUUCAAAUCACCAACCUGUUAGUUACUAAUUGUUCAUCAAUAUCAAUAGCCAAAUUAUCAAAUAAUGUAAACAUAGUCAUAAAUAUGAUUACGAUGUAGAAUUGUGAGGAAUGUAAUUUCCUCUGCGUUAAAAACUCAUAAAUCAAACUUAAUCUAAUUAAAUUAUUCGAAAUAAAUAACUUCCAGAUUCCCUUGAUUGCUAUUCAAAAAUCCAACUUCAUAAUUAAGUAGAGUCAGAUAUUUAAUGUUAUUUAGAAUUAUAAGUAAGUUAUAAGAAUUGAAGAUGGUUCCAAGGUUAUAUUCACUGAUUUUUAAUGUUAUGAUAUUACUUGCUAAUCUUGUGAUGGAGUUAUUGUUAUUAAGAAUUGUAGCUAUAUUGAAAUAAAACAGUGUAAUUUCAGAAAUUCAAUAUCUUUGUUAGGCUACAUGAAUAUUCAAAAUAACGGCAAUGUAAUUGCUUAAAAUAAUAUAUUUACAAAUCUUACUGGUAAUGAGGGAUCAGCUUUUGUAAUAACAAAUUCUUCUGUUAAAAUCUUCGAAAACCAAUUUAAUAACUUGUACUCUGCAGAUGGUGGCGUAAUAACCUUCAAUCAAACAGGAGAUGCUACACAUUAUAUUGAAUAUAAUUCCUAUAAAAAUUGUAGUAUGAAAAACGACAAGUAGAUUCAUCUAAUCACAAAUUAAAUUGUUGAACCCGAUCUUAAUACCUACAUCAAUGGACCUGUGUACAUUACCUUGCACAAUACAACGUACUUAUUAGAUCAUUUGAUCAAAAAGAACGCUAUUAUAGAGUUUGAUUAACUAAAGAGUGGAUAGAAGAUUGAAUUCAUGAUUGCUAUCUUAGACAGUGGAAAGAAUAGAUUAUGUAAUUUUAGCAAUUAUCUGUCAAUAAAUUUCAAGAUAUUCCAAUUCAAUUCACAAAAAUGCUAAUACGAAAUAUCCUAUUCAUAAUAUCAGAGUUUACCUAAAAAUCAAUAAGUAGAACUACAAAUAGAGUUCCCACAAUUUAAAUUCUACAAUGAUACAUUCAAACUGUCGAUUUAUUUAAAUAUGAUAGAGUGUGAAAUUGGGGAGGCUUGGAUGAAUUAGACAUGUUUACGAUGCCCAGCUGGAACAUAUAGUCUGACGAACUUCAAAUAAUGUUAAUAAUGCAUUACAUCCAUUGAGUUAUGUCCUGGAGGCUCAUAGUUGAUGAUCAAGUAAGGGUAUUGGAGACCCAACAACUUAACUGAUUAGAUAGAAUAUUGUGGGACCUUUUAAUCUUCAUGUUAAGGGGGAGAACAGAAUUUCACUUGUUCCUAAGGAUAUGUUGGAGCAUUAUGUAAUGAUUGUGAUUAUUAUGCUGUUUAAUGGAAUGCUUCAUAUACAAGGAAUCAGGGUGGAAAUUGUUCUUUAUGUUAAAAUGAUGCUUUUAAUAUAUUAAAGAUAUUUCUAUCAUUUUUGUGGAUUUUAGUAGCCUUAUUUAUAUCAGUCAGAGGGAGUCUGAAAUUAGUGAGAUCACAAUUAUCAGCCUAUUAUCUAAGGAUGAUGGGUAUCUUUUUUGCAACUAGAUCAACAAUGUUUAUUGAUUAAACUGAAAUUCUGAUUAAAUCAGUGUCUAGUUAUUUCCAAUUGAUUUCGAUUAGUUUGAUAAUUGAGUUUGAGUUUCCAAUGCCAAUAGUAUUUUUUGCUUAGGUAAUAGGAAACCCUUUAUCUACAAUAGGAUACUCUAUUGAGUGUUUUCUAUUGCAAUCCAAUAUUGAGAUUGAAAUAGUGUAUUUAAGGUAGUUUUGGAAUCUGUUUUUUUCAUUGCUGUUUGUGUUUUCUUUUGUGUUCAUAUACAGUCUAAUACAAUUUUGUAAGACAAAACCAUUGGAAGACUCAACAAGGAAUAUUUUCAUAACUAGUGUCAUUCAAGUGAACUUUUACUUUUAAGGAGACAUCAUCGAAGGAUUAUUGAAAUUGAUGUUCUGCAUCAAAGCCUCAGGCUAAUAUUACAUCUAAGCUGCCACAUCAUACCUUUGCUACACUGAUGAGUACUACUUCUAUUUAUAGGUAUUUAUAAUCCCCACUCUGCUGAUUGUAGGAGUGAUCUCUCCCAUCUUUUACAUAGUGAAGUUGUACAUGAAUAAGAACAAGUUGUGGACUUGCAAAUUGAGGAUGCCGUAUGGUUAUUUAUAUGUGGAAUAUAAGGAUAGAUACUAUUAUUGGGAGUUCAUCUGUUUUUUUGUGAAAUCAAUAUUCUAUUUUUUGAAGACUCUGUUGAUUUAGGAUAUCAAGUUAAUGUUCCUGUUUGCAAUAUUAAUAUUACUGAUUUACCUUGAGUUGUUGACUCAACAUCAACCUUACAUUGAGAAGCAAUACAACUUCAUUGAUAAGAUAUCCACUCAACUGGCGAUGAUCACCUUGAUUUGCACUUAUAGUCAAUUUAGAAAUCCUUACAGUUGGAUGGUGUAUCUGUUGUCGAUAACGUGUUCCAGUCUUAAUCUUAUGUAUUGUUCGUAUAUAGCAAUGAAGAUCAUAAAGGAAUAUUUGUCUGGAUUGAAACAGUAACAUUUAGAGAAGAUAGUUAAUUUAGUUCUCAGAUAUCCUUGUCUGAAAUACUGCAUCAAGAAGCCCAAGAAUUACCAUGCCAAACGAAAGGCGUGCUAUUUAUGGAAGAAGGCCAGAGUUUACGUUAUGGAGUUCAUUGGAAAACUGAAGUUAUAGAAAUCAAAUCUGGAUCUAAAUUCUUAAUUUUAGAUUCACUCCAAUAGACCCAAUACCUCAUCCACUUAUACUACGAUAAGUUUAUUGAAUUCGAUUGCGCCUCAGUUAGUAAAAUAUAUAAAAUUCGAUCGAAACAAGUUGAAUUAGAGAGUAAUAGGGUAGAAUGAAUUCACAAGUGUGAUAUCGGCGUAUAUUGAUCCUGAAAACCCCUAGAGUCCAGAUGAUUUUCAAUUGCCAAAGAAGAGUACUAUAUCUACAAUUUUUGGUUAUGUAAAUGAUAAUAAUAUAGAAUGA